GAUUGUCAAUCGCGGCGGGCGUCGGGGCAAUGAGUGAUCGCUAUCGCCAUCGCCAUCGGUGGUGAUAUCAUGAGGGAAGUGGACACUUCGGAAACAUCCGUCGUAUGGCCUGCAUGGUGUUACUCAGGGGAAACAACGGUUAAUGAAGAUUUACCGCAACGGCUGGUGGCGGCCGCGGCAGCAGUAGCAGCAGCCACAACGACCGUUGCGCCAUCGACGCAGAAGGAGCGUCGCCGCAGAAGACGACGGCGACAGCAGCCUCCGCAGCCUCAGUCGGCCCAUCAGCAGCGAGCGUCAUCGAAUCAAUCGAAUCGCCGCUCGUCAUCAUCGGCGUCCGUGUCGUCACCGUCGCCACCGUCUUCGGUCUUCGUUGGCCGCGGAAAGCGGAAAUCAAUCACCCGAACGACGCCACUCGGCGGGAGUCCCGUCGGUGGGGGCGCUCUCGAGGCCGCCAGUUCCUUGGAGCUGGGCGGAAGCACCACCACCAGCCUGCUGCCGCCGGCGCACCACGGCGAUGGCCGUUGUAGCCCCGCUGCCGCCUCACUGCAGCUGCUAACCGGCUGCCGCGGAGGACGACGCCGAUCGAGCGACAGCGACGGUGGGAAGGCGGUGGGCCGGACGGCGGAGGAGAACGAGUGCUAUCGCUUCGGUGCUAUCGAUAGCCGCGUCCUGCGCCAGCAUCGGGCGGCGCUCCACUCACUCGACAAGAUGCUGAGCGAACGGAUCUACGACAGGAAGAAGUAUCUCAACUCACCCACCGGCGGCGGGGGUGGUGGGGGAGUGAGUGGUACGGCCGGGAGCCCCACGGGAACGCAUGGCGGGGAUCGCACGGGGUUCUACGAGAAGUACCACCAUCGCAACGGGAGCAGCGGUGACGCCGUCAUCGAGUUGAGUCUGAUCAAGAACGGAACGGUGCCCGGGGGAGGCGGAGGUGGAGGUGGAAGCAGCAUAAACGGUGUGGGGGGCUCCAGUGCCCAUCUCAGUGCAAUAGCGGCAAGCAUCAUUAGCGGUAGCAAUGGGAGCAGCAGCAGCGGGAACGGUGGCGGCAUCCCCGGGGACGUCGCUCCGGCGGCGGCGGCUGUCAAUAGUAAUGGCGCCGGUGCCGGGGGCAGCUUAGGCAACACUAACCAAAUUACUAGCAACAAACCUAGUGGCAAUAACAACAACAACAGUAGCGCCAGCAACAACAACAUUGGCAGUGGGCAGUGCAUCAACCAACACAGCAACAGUAGCAGCAUCAAGAGCGAGCGGUUCAGCCCUCCCAACACCGAUGCGCAUUCGAUGGCGUCGAGGUCGCGUAGCGCUACCCCGUCGUCCUUCUCCGGGACGCCACCUCAAACGAUGCACCCCGGGGGCGGUGGCGGCAGCGGCGGCAGCGACGGGUUCCCGGGCGCGAGCGGCUUACUUCCGUCGCCGAACUCGCUGAGCACCGUUGGGCGACCCGAAUUCCAGGCGCGCAACUAUUCCGACUUCAUGCGCAGCCUGGCCGCCAAGUACAACAACAACAACAACUCUAAUGAUGUAUCGCAGAAUAUGAAAAAUUCCUUUCUUGAACCAAAAAUGCGCUUCCCUCAGCCGAAAUCGUUCAUCGAGGGCUCGCUGAGCGGCGGCGGCAAGAAGAGCAGCCCACUUACCUCCACUCAAGUACCUAAUCCAAGUAUUAUGACGUCACUGUUCUCGGGACUUCCAUUCCAAUCGGCCGUCUUCCCGCCCCUGAUCGACAUGAGCAGCACGCAGGCACUGGUCACGCUGGCCCGGGCAGCGAAAGAGUCCGACAUUCACCACAUUCUCAAGACGGACACGGGCGGUGGGCUCAACCGGAAACCGGUGUCCUUGUCGCGCAGCUCCUCCCCUUCCGCGGGCGCUCACCAUCACUUCCCGUUCACGGCCACCGGCGGGUACCUGCCGGGGUUGCUGCCCAGCCACCACCACCACCACCACCAUGGUUUGGCCGCCAGCUUCCCAUCCCAGCCGGUGGUGGUGCCGCCGUCGGCAAGUGCCUCACUCAAGUCCCCAUCGCGGGCACCGGAACCGACCCUGGCCACGACGUUCCCGCUCGACCUGAGCGCCUCCACGCCGACCCCGCCAAGCAAGCGGAUAAAGCUGUCGCCGAGUAACCGCCACCGGGAAGCGUCGCCAGCGCCCAGCUCCACCAACAGCCAGCCUUCGGAUUCGCUGCUCGACCUGAAGCCGACGCUGAGCCGGAAGUGUCACGCACGGAUCGAGGAGAUCGCGGCCUGGACCGUCGACCACGUGUGCGACUUUGUCGCCAGCAUCGACAUCUGCGCCGAGUACGUCCAGAACUUUCGUGAUCAAAGCAUCGACGGUGCCGGGUUGCCGCUGCUGACCGAGGAACACCUGACGAACUCGCUCGGCAUGAAGCUGGGCCCGGCGCUCAAGCUGCGCUCGAUGUUGGCCAAAAAGCUGGGUGGUCCCUGUCCCUGCACGCUCUGUGCCGUUCCGACGCCGCCGACACGGACCAACAGCAGUGGCAGCGGUAGCAGCAAAGGCGACACAACUCCCACCAAUCGGCCCCCGAGCAACGGCUCGAUCGGUUAAUCGGGAGAUCGGGCUUUCUCUCCUUCUGGAUUCAGGAGCCCCUGCCUGUGGGCCCCGAAAAAAAACACAUCGAAACAGAAGCGAUCGCGACGUACUUACACACCGAUGGGCGGCCCACGCGGGGGUGGGGGUUCCUCCACAUCAUCCACACACACACACCCACACA